UGGAUAUUAGAGCUGUUGCAUUUACAUUGGGGAUCAAAACCAGUAAAUACAGUUCUGUAUAGAAGUUUUACAUCUGUACUGUAAGUUUCACAGUACUGACAGCAACUGACAGUUAUUUUUUACGAAACGUCCAUGUAAGAGUUAACUGAAAAUGAUGGACAUUUUGAAAGGAACGUGCUUAUUUGUUAUUAACUACGUGUAGAAGAUACCGACUGCUCCAAUUUGCCAUUUUCUGAAGAACUUUAUAUAUUGAACAUUUUUUUGAAGCCUUUUAUCAAAGAAGCGUCAUUAAAUCUGUUUUGUGAUACUUCUAUCACCCUAAUUUCUUACACGCAACAAUGUCGCAGUUAGAACUAGAUCCUCAAUUCACUCAAGGUUUACGCCUACUUCAUUCAACAAACAAAGAUUCCGCUGAACAGCUAAGAGCAUUAUUGGAUGAAGCUAUUAGGCAGAAACAUGGUCCAGCUAAAAUGCUCUGCAACGUGUUACAUAAAAAGUACAUGAUGGAAGAGCCGGUAUUGAGUGACAACAGCUGUAGUAGUGGUAAAAAGAGUAAAAGCUCUGGUUCUUCUUCCAAGCAGUCGAGCAAGUCGAGUAAAAACAGUUCUCCUGUGAACCUACCUGCUCGUGAUACACCACCGGAUGUGUUAGCAGCCGACGACUCAUUGGCAUUAGAAAUAUUAGAAGAUGACCUAACUUGCGUUAUUUGUCGAGGAAUGGAUGUAGGGGCACGUAAUAGGCUCGUGGAAUGCGUGGAGUGUCAUGCACUGUACCAUCAGGAAUGUCACGUUCCUCAUAUUCAGGAUUCCCAAAUAGAUGUACCCCGACUAGUUUGGUACUGCUCCAAUUGUACUAAAACACAGCAGGCAACCGUUGCCGUUGAAAGAGCUCCAGCGGUAAAAGAAAGAUCUUCUCCGAAGACCGUCAUCGAAGGAAAGGCCAAAGAGUCUAAAAAAUCAAGUAGUUCAAGUUCAAAGCACAGUGAAAAGUAUAAGUCUACCUCGAAUAAUUCAUCCCAAUUGCAGUCAAGUAACAGUACCGGUGUUGCCAGUCCAGGCUCUGCUACAGGACCUAAGAUUAUGCCAAAUAUCCACAUCGUUAGUGCUGACAGAAGGCUGAAAGAUAUGAUAAAAAAAGCAAAACAGGAUAAACGGACUACAAAUAGUGGUUCCGGCAGUACCAAACAUUCCUCCGUUAAUUCAACGGCUUCCACGUCUUCCAUCAAGAAUUCACAGGAAAAAGCCCUGCCAUACAAGGCGAAGCAAGUCGUGGAGUGAGUUCGUCCUGCUCGGUAUUGCAUGGUGCAGUACUUUCUGCGACUCUAAAAUAAAAAUCAACGAUUAACGAAUCAAUGUAGAUCUCAACGCGAAUCGAUAAAAUCGGCAUGAUCUCGGCUAUGUCACUAAGAAAAUGAUCGAUCAUCAUUUUAAAUGAUUUUUUAUAUGAAGUACGAAAUGUAGAGAACACAUUCUAUUACUUUUUGUCGUACCGACGAGAGAAUUUAAAUCUAUUCUAAGAUUUCGACGGAAAGGCAGAUUCAAACACAAAACGCCAGACGUCUGAACCGUCACGCAGUCAAUUGCGUUUUGAGAUUUCUUUGUAAAUAUAUUUUGACUAAGCAUUCGAUCACCUACGGACGACGUUGGCGAGCAUACUAUUAUACAGUGUAACAAUAAGUAAGCGAAGAGCAAUCCACUCUUUGUAAUACCAAUAUAUUUUUGCGAUUUUUUAAA